GCUUUAUGCCCACUGAAGGUCUCGACUUACAGGGCCAGCUCGGCAUCGGCGCACCAGCAGGCAGCCGCUGGCUUACAUGGACAGUUGCUGCCGCGCCGCCAAGGUCUCCUCCAGCUUCAACUCCCGCAUCUCACCAUCCGGAUCAAACUAUCGUAGCCAUCUCAGUCACGUCUACUUCGCAACUCGGUUAUACUGUAUUCCCAGAUGUCGGAAAGGAUCGUGCCGACCGCUGCCAUGGAUAGCGUCCCGAUUUCCGGCUUGCAGGAGCUGCAGGCUCACCUCCAGCAGCUCGUUGAUGACCCUGCCUUCCCCUUCGACCUCAAGGCCAUGGACGAUGUCGAACUCCAGCUGACAGAGGACAAUAUCCCUCCGCUUCUCCCGACGCUCCUCCCGCCUCUCACCCAGAUCCUCAAAACCACGACACAGGAUCCGACACCACUCCUAUCUCUCACCAUCAAGCUUCUGUCGCCGCUCUCAUUUACUCGUACUCUCACGAUAGCUGAUCCUCCCUCUCUUUUGACGGCUCUGCGCUCCCCACUGCCGGGUGCGAACCUCCUUGCCCUGGCCAUUGUUCACAAGGCAGCAGGCGCCCCGUCGGACGCCUCCAUCCUGAGCACGCUCCCCGAAGUUGUCCAAGAACUGGUCCGCUGCUGGCUGGAGAGCCCCGACACAGGGGUCGGCGAGAGGGCUGCCAAGGUUAUCGGAGAUCUUCUGGACACGGAUUGCGAAGUGGUUGGCGGCGAGGGGGUCAAUGGCGUCGCCAACGUCGAUGGGGUUAAUGGCACCGAGGUGGUGAAGCGUCGUCUGCCAGGACAUGCGCGCUUAUGGCGUCUCAUCCUACAAACUCAUUCAAACCUGUUGCUCAUACAGAGCCGGUGCACCCUCGAGACGGGCGGCGAUGAGUCGGCCCGUUCUGCCCACGCAGUCAGCAUCUCCCAAGGCCGGCUACUUCGGCUGCUGCCACGUCUCGCCGCGCUCAACUUGCCGACCAUCUCCACGUCCUCCUAUACGGACUUGUUCAUGAUGCCUGAAGUUGUUUCCCAGCAGGUUGGAUCCGGUCUGCUGCAGUGGGUGGCGCUGGGCAUGGUGGACAAAUCCGACAUGCUGAUGCAUCUCAGUCUCGUUGACUUCUUCGAGACGCUCGUCAGCAUCAUGCGGGUAUCGACGCGCUCUCUGGGAGUUGACAGAGCCAUAAAGGCCCUGGUGAAAACGGCGGUGCGGAACGACAUGGCGCUGGAAACGGCUCUCAAGACGCUCCCGGACCGGACUGUGGAGGAGGAAGCCGAGGCGCUGAGGAGGUACAUUGGAGAGCUACUUGAGUGAUUCGCACAUUGGCGGGCACUCUAUGAAGCAUUAACUCAUACCCCAUAUUGUGUUUCACGGUCAUUCUUUCUCUCGAAGCUUCGUGAGCUGCUGGCAGGGGUUAUCGGAGAUAGGGUGAUCGGUCAUGGGCUAUAAGUCCGUGUCCGGAACGCCGAUGCCUACUUUUCAUACAUAUACAUGAUAUCACGGCGA